AUGAAACCCGGACGGAAACGAGACUUAGAGGAAUGUUCCGAAACACCCUUGUUCUAUACGCCCAGUACUUUGGAGACAACCAUCCCGACCGUGAUGACUGGAGAAUGUGAUAGCCGACGACGCAAAAAUGGACGAGGAGUGACUGUAAAAUGCAGUAGCUGCUGCAUGUUCCUCUGGAUUGUCCUCAUGAUCAUGAUCGGUUUUCUUAUCGGGCAUCACUUCUACCGUUCAGGUUCAAUCAUCAACACUGUGACUAGCCCAGACUAUCAAGCAGGCGAAGACGAUCCUGCAAAUGCUCAAUUGAAGAUGGAUAUUCAAGAUAUCGAGGUAAGAAAUUGUGGGAUCAGCGAACUGCGUACAAUAAAGCAGGACGAUUUUCUGCCAACCAUGGCUUCAAAAGUGCUCACACUUGUCGCUCUAUCUGUCGGCUCAAUCCUGGCGGUGAAAGCCGAACUUGACGCAUAA